AUGGACCGCGAGCAGCAGGGGCAGCAGCAGCAGCAAUACCGGGGCUAUCGCGGCGAUGCAGCAGGAGCGGCAACGGCGCACGAGGUCGGAGUGCGAUUGAGACGGCUCUUCUCGGCGGUGCGGAAUGCCAGGGCUGUCGGGGAUUGCGGCCUGUUCGAGGACUCCGAAGGCCUCGGAGGGUGGGGGGCGGGGUGGUUCCUGUCAAGGUUUAUAAACCAGGCCAGGCAGGCGAUGGCAGCGCUCGGCGGCGCUUUGCAUGACCCCCCCGCCGUGGCGCGUUGCCUCUCUGCUGCCGAGGCUCUGUUGUCCGGUGACACUGGCGGGCGGUGGGUCAUGCCAGACUCCUUACCGUCCUCCUCGAUCUAUCAGGUGCGGAGUUCGGAUUUGCAGUCCAACAAGCCCAUUGCUGUUGCGCUCGGCACCGGCAUCGCUUCCGAGCUGGACCUAGCCUACUGGCACGCGCGCUACACCGCGGCCUCGCGUUUCGACGCCGGCGGCGUUACGGCUGACACGGAAUCCUCGUCGCAGCAUGUUGUCCCUCCUCCCGAGGUGUACUUUGUCGGCCUAGCGUUCCACGUGCCUACCGUCGCGGAAGUGCGAGCGUCGGCCGUGUUGGGCAACAACCCGGCUCUCCUACGAGUGUUGGUGGACGUUUUCGACCUCCCCGUGGGUGACGGCGGGGCACAGCGACAUGCGAACAGAGGCACGUGUCGGUUACCCUCAAGAAGCAGCGGCGGCGGCGGCGGCAGCGGCGGCGGCGAGAUACGGCUCCCCGUUUUGGAAAACCCCCUCCUGGCCGUGGCUCAGUCCGCGUGGCUCGAGACCGCCGUCUGCGCCAGCGCUAAGUCGUGGGUUCCCCACUUCCCUCUCCGGUUUGGCGACAACGAAGGCACGAUGCGCGGCUCGGACCCAGGCUUACCACCUCCUAUUCGGUUACGGUGCGACGUGACCAGGGAUUGGUCGGCGAGAUUGCUCGCCUUCGCUGUCCCCAACAGACGCGCGCUGGACGCGUGCAAACGCGCGCUCGACGCGUGCGGGGUCGGGGGUGGAAGGGGCCAGGAGGGAGGGUCAGGAGGGAUUGUGGAGGUGGGGGCAGGGUUGGGGUACUGGAAGUGGGUGCUAGAAGGCCGAGGACCAUUCUCAGGUGGCUGGGGUGGGGACGGGGGCGGCGACGGUGGCGGUACAAGCAGGGGGGUAAGUUUAUAUCUGGGUAAAGCCGGCAGGACACUCUCUAGUGGAAAUGCAAAGGAAGCUGCGCCGCUGAAGUUCCUCGCCAUUGACAAGGACCCGUCGAGGGUCCCUGGCGGGACCGGAGUCUCCGCUGCCUCCGCCGCCUCCGUUGCUGGUGGAAUCGAUCGGGAGCGAGAGCGAGGGAGAGGUACCGGCAACGGAGGGCGGAGGGGACGGAAAAAACGACCAAAACGAGAAGGGAGUCUAGGAGGGCGACACGGCGAAGGACAAUUGGAGCGCCCUACGCACAACGAAUACCACGGAGGCGCGCCCGCCUGGGCGGUGGUUGAACAGGGUGGCCCGGAACAGCUGCAGGCGUUGAGCUCGGCCGCUUACCCGGUGCUCCUCUUGUGCUACCCUCCGCCUUCCGUCGGUGUGGGGGCCGGGGCGAGCGGCUGCAUGGGCGCGGACGCCCUGGCGAGAUUUUCCGGGAAGGUCUUGCUGUACAUCGGGGAAGUCGGGGGCGACACCGGUAGCCCUCGGUUCGAGGCGGCCCUGCGGGCGGGGUGGGACUUGGUCGAGGAGGUGGAACUCCCGUGCUUCUCCUCCACGGCCAACCAGCUCAUGGUGUUCGCCAGGAAGGGCGCUUUCUCCUCUGGAGGGGGCGUGUCUGCGUCUACCGCUGGAUCUAGCAAGAAACGAACAGACGCCGGCGCUGCCGCAGGAAGGCUCGACACACCGGGCAAGGAUGCAUGCCCCAAUGGUGACGCUGGAGGCGGCGGCGGGGGCCCGGGCAUGGCGAUGUACCGCUGCUUGGGGUGUGGGGCGAAGGCGGCGACGGAAGGUGGUGUGCGGCUUCACCGCUGCCGCUUGACGCGAUCUGUCAGCUUCUGUUCUGAGAAGUGUCUGACUCUCGACGCCGAAAGGUGGCGGGCGAACCUCGAGGCGCGGCACGUUCAUUUGGCGCCUGGGACCGCCGUCGAGGUGGCGAAGCAAAGUGGAAAGUACGGCGGCGUGUUUCGCGACAAGAAACUCUUCAAGCGGCUAGCGUGAAAAGUCAGUCUUUCUCGCAUGGUAGGUAACAACGCCGCCGUUGUUUUGUUAUCCUCUCGGCAAAUCCUUGUGUGUGCGGAUAGGUCACGGAGUUUUCCUGCUCUCCUCUCUGGGUAGAUGAGCUCCGGAUCGGUAAGAUUCCAUUUCCUGUCAGCUAGCGUUUCCCUGACUGCCUCCGCGGGGACACGGCGUCAGCUGUUAAGGUGCGCCCUGCAGAGUUGGAACUUCGCUUCACGGACAGAUGUACUCUUCCAGUUUUUUUCGAGGGUUCGAUUUGUUGGACAUCGCUUCUCCUGACUUGCCAAAACCAACCGUCUGGGAUCAAUCAAUGGAGUGCGCGUCCCGCU